AGUGAGAUAGAUAUAGAAUACGCGCGAAUCUUAAAGCCUUCUCGCUCACUCUAUUUUGAUCACUUCCCACAAAAAACUCCCAAUUUCUGUGAAAAAAUCAUGAAAUUCGCAAUUGAAAGUGUUAGUAAGUGUUCUGGAAGACUUGGGAAGCUAUCUGGGAUCGAGAGACUCCCUGACAUUUGCCUGAAGACUCCAAUUCUCUUCCAAAACACCCGGGGCGGGAGUAUUCCUUACAUCUCUAGGGAGGUUGCAGAACUGACCACUGACCUCCGAGAGACCCCAAUUGCUGUGAAUUUAGCCACAACAUGGGAAAUGUUGGAUGUUGUUGGUGCAUCCGGAAAGGGAAUUUCCUCUUUCACUGCUCUACCGGAAUGCCCGACGUUUCUCUGCAUCCGGGACACGAGUGAGGAAUCCAAGGGGGGUCAUCAUGAGAAGGGGGGUGUACCAAUGUUCACACGACAUGGGAAACGUGUGGUAAGUCCGGAAAUAUUUAUGGAUUUUGUGGAAGCUUUUCAGCCGGAUUGCUUCCAUUUGUUAUGCGAUGGGGACACAACGACUACCUCGUCCAAGAAGCGAGGGAUUCAGUCUGUGACAAGAAGCAUUGAUUUUACUGAAAAAUGCCUGGAGAGAGUGAGGAAGAGCGAUGGGGGGAGUAAGUUGAGGAAAAUGUUUAUCCUGGCGCCAAUUGUGGGUGGAUUUAGCCGGAUAAAUCGAGAGAAGAGUAUUGAAUUUGCCAAGGGGAUGGAAGAAAUUGGGGGGUUUUUCAUUGAUGGGGUACAUGCAAAUGGGGAGACGGCUCUGUUUGUCCCUGAGGAGGAAAUUCUCGGAAUUGUUAAGCUCUGCACUGAGAAUCUUCCGGAAGAGAAAUUCCGGAUGAUUUUUGGGGCUUUUCCACCACUCCUGGUGCUCAAGAUGGUGCAAUUGGGUGUGGAUGCAUUCGAUAGUGCCCUUCCGCAUAUCUACAGCCUCCGAAAUCGUGCCCUUGUGUUUGAUUUCGAUGGGCGGAAGCAUGGGAGGAAGCAUCAGCUUCACAUUGAUCUCUCCCUGGAAGAGUUUAGAGAGGAUUUCGGCCCAAUUCUCGCUGGGUGCGAGUGCCUUGCUUGCCGGGAGCAUACAAGAGCCUACGUGAGGCAUUUAAUUGACUGCAAGGAACUCAUGGGGACCAUCCUGCUCAAUAUCCACAAUUUCCAUCACUAUCGUGGCUUUUUCAAAGCAAUUCACCAACACAUUGCCAAAGAUUCCCUUCCGGAACUCAUUGCAUCAAUUGAGGAGCAAAGUAAAGAGGAGAAUUUUGCAGAAAUCUUCCCGGAAAAGCAUCCAAAUGGCCUCAGGAGGUCUCAAAGUUCAUCAGCUAAUGAUUCCGGAGGGGAGGAAGCACCAAAGGAUCCCCCGGAAGCAACAGAAGCGAAGUAAAAGGGAAAUUAAAUAAAUAAAUUUAACAACUUUUUAUUGUUCUUUGUGAAAAGUUGAGAAUUUUACAUUAAAAGAAUAUUUUUUUUUAUUAUAUAUAAUUUAAACCAGUAAAUAGACAUAAGAAAUUACAGCUAAAAAAUAAAUUAUUCCAUGAA